AUUCUUCCUCAGAUCCUCGACGGUCAUCAGAGACAUCUUCCAGACACUGAGUCAACCAAGCCAUAGUCUUAACAGUAUCAUUCUCGACUUCCCAGCGUCCAUUCGAGUCGUCCACGAACCCAAACAGCACAAUGACACUCCCGCAAACCUACAAACGCGCCGUCUUCACCUCGGCCGGGUCGCCUCUCACCAUCGAGGAAGUUUCCCUGCAACUCCCAGGCAAAAACGAGGUCCUUGUCAAGGUGGAGGCUUGCGGAGUCUGCUACUCGGACACGUUUGGUCAACACAACAGCUUUGGAGCCGCCUUCCCCAUCGUCCCAGGUCACGAAGUCAUUGGUCGAGUUGCCGCUGUUGGAGAAGGCGUCGAGGCUUGGAAAGUCGGCGAUAAGAUCGGCGCUGGCUGGCACGGCGGCCACGAUGGCACCUGCGGAACUUGCAGACGAGGAAUCUACCACAUGUGUGACAACCAGGCCAUAACCGGAGCAACCAGACCCGGCGGAUACGCCGAGUACGUCCUCGUCCGCUCCGAAGCCGGCGUCCCCGUGCCCGAUGGCAUCGACGCGGCACAUUACGCACCUUUUCUCUGCGCGGGGGUAACCAUGUUCAACUCACUUCGCCGUCAAAACAUUUCCCCCGGCGAGACGGUAGCUGUCGAAGGCCUCGGCGGGCUGGGCCACCUGGGGAUCCAGUACGCCAACAAAUUCGGGUACCGCGUCGUGGCCAUCUCGCGCGGGGCCGACAAGGAACCGUUUGCCCGCGAGCUGGGCGCUCACGAGUACAUCGACUCGUCCAAAGGCGACCCCGGUGAAGCACUCAAGGCGCUCGGCGGUGCGGCCCUCGUCAUGUCGACCAACCCUGGUGGUCAGCAGCUGCCGAAGCUUUUGAAGGGGCUCGCGCCGUUGGGGAAGUUGUUGAUUCUCUCGCUCCCUGGGGAUGUUCCUGUCGAUACUGGCCUUAUGAUUAAGUACGGACUGUCCGUCACGGCGUGGCCAACUGGGCACUCUCUGGACAUGGAGGAGACGCUCAAGUUCUCCAAGUUGCAUGAGGUGAACUGUCUGGUUGAGAAGUUCCCGCUUGAAAGGGCAAAUGAGGCCUUCGAGGCCAUGCUUAGUGGUAGGGUGCGAUUCCGGGCUGUACUUACGAUGGAUUAAAACCAUUUUGUUGGGGACCAGAGGCCAAUUCCAUGACAGCAGCGCAUGUGGAUCAAAUUGAGCCUAAGCCCG